AUGUCGAAUGGUCUUGCUCGUGCAGAGCUGGCAUCGCACACGCGCUCUUUUACAGGAUGUUCAACGUGUCGGAGCCGCCAUGUCAAAUGCGACGAAGGCCGACCAACUUGCUCUAUGUGCAAAUACUUUGGCCUGAAAUGUGCUGGCUAUAAGAAAGAUAUCUUCUUUGACUCGAAGAACCCUGACAGUCGGAUUCGCUUCCGCCGGCCAUUAUUUACCGAGGAGGAACGCAUUCACAUGAGCGAGUGGCUGGUAACAGCUGCGCCGCCUAAAUCGACACAUAAGCUAUUAGCCCAAAUCGACGAAGAAUGUGAGAAUGCGGCUAUUUCGGAUGAUCUCGAAAUAUCCUAUGGGCCCUUUGGGGCAUUUCGAGCGCAACCGCCUCAAACAGUCCAUGUUGCCUCCUCAUCCCCGUGCGACCGACCACCACCCGUGGAGGGAUCGGAUAAAACGACAGAAUUGAGCCCCCCCGGAAGACGUGGUACCGAUGAUAGACCUCUUUCCGGUUCCAUCUGGCAUUUCAGCAUGGUCUCCAGGCUUUAUGCAAUCGAUUCUGGAGCAGCCUGA